UCUUUUCUGUUGUGUUUAUAACCUCUAAGAGCAUGAAAACCUCUUUUUUCCGAUUGCAGAAUACGAGUAUAAAUACAUUUUUACUGAAAUUUCUAUACUUGAACUUAGACAAUCAUGAGGAAGAACAUGAACACUCGUAUCAGUGGAACAAACGUGAUUUUGGUACCGUAUCAAGAGAAGCACGUUGCAAAGUAUCACGAAUGGAUGAAAAAUCCCACACUGCAAUAUUUAACGAGUUCCGAGCCGUUAACACUAGAGGAAGAGUUUGCGAUGCAGAAGCGAUGGUUGGAGGACGAAGAUAAAUGCACUUUUAUUAUCCUAGAUAAACACGUUUACUCAUUAACCAGGAGUGAAGUAGAUGCCAUGGUGGGAGAUACAAAUUUGUUUCUCCACGAGUCACAGGGAUUGUGCGUCGCCGAGGUAGAGAUUAUGAUAGCCGAUGAGGCUAGUCGAGGCAAAAGGAGAGGCUGGGAAUCUAUUAUUCUAAUGUUACUUUAUGGCGCCGAAACACUGAACGUUAAUAAAUUCUGUGCUAAAAUCAAAUUGGACAAUGUAGUAAGCAUAGGAAUGUUUGAAAAACUUGGUUUCCAAGAGCCGAUACAGCCGAUUACCAUAGACCCCGAAGUUUCUUCUAACGGUAAGGGUCCGAUAUUAAUCAAAGUACAAAAACUGUGUGAGAUGUUAGAUCUGGUGGAUAAAAAUGCUAAUUCAACUUACAACUGGCCGCAAUUAAAAAGAUACGCAAUUUUCGGUUGUUUCUUGGCCGGACCAAUAUUACACGGAUGGUACAAAUGGCUCGAUACGUUUUACAGUGGAAAGUCCAUGAAGAUUGUGGUGAAGAAACUCAUCGUGGACCAAUUUAUCUUGACACCACCGUUACUUAUCUUAUUUUUUAUCAGUAUGAGUUUAAUGGAAGCUAAGUCGGAUCUCCUUCGAGAAUGUAAAAUUAAGUUCGUGCACACUUUUCAGACUUCGUGCGGAUAUUGGUUGCCGGUGCAAUUUAUGAAUUUUCUAUUAAUCCCGCCGUCUUUUCGAGUGACAUACGUCAGUAUUGCUUCUUUCUGCUGGAUCAACAUUCUAUGUUACUUGAAAAAUGUACCAGUUUCUGAACACGAGCAGAAAGUAAAAUACUGAGAUUUUUCCAUAUAAGUAUAUCUAUACAUAUACGUGAACGAUCAAGUCCUAAAAAGAUAUUUCCCCGAUUUUUACUUGAUAAUAUUUUGUUUCUACUAUCAUUGAAACAUUUUCUCAGAAAUGUCAAUAUUUAAUUCACAAAUAAUUUAAUAUUUAAUAUGUAUAGACGAUUCAUUCGCCCCCAUUUAUUUUUAUUUGUGGCUUUAUAGGAAAAGAAUAGGACAGAAAAAAAUCCACUUAUAAAGAAAUAAUAAUAAUAAGAGGAGUGAUAGGCCCUCAGAAUUUAUUUUAUAUGUACAGUUGUGUGUAUCGUUAUCACUUGUGACCUUAUGAUAAUAGUGUAAAUAAAUCAGCUAAGUAAAUAAAAAAAGGGCAAAG